CCCCUCUUUUCUGAUGCCCCAUUGCCCCCAAAACCUAACACAGCUUAGCACCAAAACUUCACCCAACCAUGGAAUCACUGUUCCAAAAGAAAAGGACCAAAAACAGUCCCAAACAUCCAUCUGAGCCCUUGUGUGCUAAACCCUCUUGCUUCUUCUGCACCAUGAACGAGCCAAACUCAUCCAUCAGAAAAUCCAAAAUCACUAAGUUCUUCAAGGACUUGCCUCUCAGAAAUGACCAAGAACAAGUACUUGCACUAAGCUCUCUUUGGAACAUAGCCAUGAGGCAACCUGAUGAUCCUGAAUUUCCAUCCCUCGGAAUCUUCAAAUGCAUGGCAGAGCUCAUCAAUAAAGGCAUCAACGACAGAAAAUGGCUGCUGAGUGACCAGAACAUCUACAUUCCUUACUAUGCUGCUCAUAUCAUUGGCUCUUACACCAUGAACAAGGCUCAGUUUGCUGACAAGGCUUUGAAACAAGGGGUAGUUCUGCCACUAAUGGAGUUGAUGAGAGGUAAGAUCACUUGGGUUGAGCAAAGAGUGGCAGUUCGAGCUCUUGGUCACAUGGCUGGUCAUGACAACAUCGUUGAGUCCAUUAUUGCUUUAAAACAUGAAGUGAAGAUUGUCGAAUUAGCUAUGAAGAUAGCCUCUACAUGUUUGAAGAGGGUGUACGAUCAGUUUAUGGGAUUGGAGCAGUCGCAAAGAUUGAAGUACCAUAGUGAUUUGAUAACAAGAGGGCUUGGUGGGUUGGAAAUUGAGAGCAGAAAAGCUGAGGAAUGGGGUAGUCAGCUUCAGUGUUGGUCUUUAAAUCUUCUCAACUGCUUUGUGACCAAAGAAAGUUGUUUAGGUAUGAUUUGUAAGAAAGAGUUUCUGAAUGAAGUUUGUGGGAUAUGGGGUGGUUUAGCAAAUCCAAACUCACCAGGUGGAAUUGGAUUGUUGAAAGCAGUGUGUCAAACCAAGUUUGGAAGACAAACUGUGGCAAAUUCACAAGAAGUUAUAGAGAGAUUAUGUAAUCUCUCAAGGUCUUCAGAUGAUUGGAAACUAGUGGCAAUUGAUUGUCUUUUACUACUCCUCAAAGACCCUGAUACCCGAAUCAAAGUCGUGGAGAGUUCAGCAGUGUUUCUUGUUGAUUUGGUUGAAAUGAGAAAGCUAAAACUAGGAGACAGAAUCACACAAAUGCUUUUGCAAGACUACCAUAAAGUCAAGUAUGGGGAUUUUAGAUUGGGGAACAAGAAAGCUGAGAGAGCAUUGGAGGAGAUAUGGGAUUUGAAGGUUGAGAGAAAAAAGAAGGAGAAGUUGAUGUCAAAACAAGAACUCAAAGAGAGAAACUCAGAGGUGGGGAAGUUGAAAAGGCAAGGGAAUAUGAGUUUUCGGGCAGGGAAUAUUGAAAAGGCAGUGAUUGAAUACUCAAAGGCACUGGAUUUGUGCCCUUUGAAAAUGAGGAGGGAAAGGGUUGUGGUUUAUAGUAAUAGGGCUCAGUGUUACUUGUUGAUGAAGAAUCCAGAGGCAGCCAUUAGUGAUACAACCAGAGCUCUGUGUUUGUCAUCGGGUGCGGCGAGAAUUCAGGGUAAGAGCCUAUGGAGGAGAUCACAGGCUUAUGAGAUGAAAGGGUUGGCAAGGGAGAGCUUGAUGGAUUGCUUGGAGUUUGUUAAUGGGAGAGUGUUGAUGUCCCAGCAGGGAAAAGGUGGGAGAAUCCCAUACUAUGCAGCACGGAUGAUCAGCAAGCAGAUAAACGCCACGUGGAUGUAUAACGAACUUGAAGAUGACUCCUCUCUUACAGGGAAGCCUACCAUUGCAGAAGAAAUGUUCACUAAAAGAAGAAGAAAGGUGAAAUGGGAGAGAAGAACAGAAGAGGGUGUUUAUGCAAUGACAUGAUAGGAUAGGGUGAAUUUCACAUUUUCUCUUGUCGAUUGUUAACAUAACAGUAAAUGCAUAUUAUUAGAGAGAAAUGAUAAGUAACCUCUUCUCAUAUGUAAUCAGUGGUACGUUGCAAUCGAAUCGACGUGAUUUCAAUUUCAGUUGUCUGAGAGUAACAAUGAAGCUUUGCUUGAAAUUUGAAUUUGAUGUACCAAACCUGUG